CUACCAAAUCGCAAGGGUUUAAGCCACACGCGCACAGCACAGAGACCCCUGCAACUCCGAGAAAGCCAAUCUCCGCCAUUGUUGAGGAGACCAUGAUGAAGCUGAAGCUCCUCCGAUCCCUCGCAGGGCAAAGGGCGCCGCUGCUCAGGGCCGCCGUGGGGCGGCGCCACUACGCCGCUCCGGCGGCGGAGCUCGAGAAGAGGAACUACGCGAAGAACGCCACCGAGUACAGCACCGUCUUGGGCUCUCUCGCCGCUCAGAGGAGGUACGGGUUGCUGAGGGACGUGUACGAUGACAUGAUGCUGGACGGGGUGCAGCCGACGCGGGACGUGUUCCACUCGCUGAUGGUGGGGACCAUGAGAGGUGCUCGGUUGCAGGAUGCUUUCUUCUUCAGGGACGAAAUGAAAUCCAUGGGCUUGGUCCCUGAUGUGCCUUUGUACAACUUUCUAAUAUCAACGUGUGGAAAAUGCAGAAACUCAGACCAAGCAAUUAGGAUUUUGGAAGAAAUGAAGAAAUAUGAAGUGAAGCCAAACGGACAAACUUAUGUGUGUCUGCUUAAUGCAUGUGCAGCAGCAGGAAGAUUAGAUCGAGUUUACGCAAUUGUUCGUGAUAUGACUGCAGCGGGAGCUGGUUUGAACAAGUUCUGUUAUGCUGGACUAAUAACUGCGCACAAGAACAAGACGCCAUUAGCGGAUGACACAGCUGCCAAAAUCCUCGAGCUUGUUGAGCAAUCUAAAGGGUGGUCUUCAGUUGAAGCAUCGAAUAAUGUAGCAGAAAAUGUGAUGAUUGGUGUUUCAGAAGAAGAAUUAUACAACUUACCAACUGCCGAGUAUGUUCACAGGCGUGGAGGAUUUGUGAUUCGGCAAUUUACGGUUUAUCAUGUUGCAUUUCAUGCCUUUGCGGAUCUACGGAAUGUGGAGGCGAUGGAAACUCUUUUGGAGAUGCUGCGAAAGGAUGGGAAAACUCCAGAUGUAUUCACUUUGUUGCAAAUUAUGAGGUGUUACCUUCAUUCUGGAGACAUUGAUCGUGGUCAUAAAGUUUUCGAAGAUUAUAUUAAAUCCGGAAAGUUUCCUAAUGUGGAACUUUAUGUGACACUAGUGGAAGGAGCCAUGACUGGGUAUACACCAAGGGGAAUGCAACUUGCUCAAGAGACGCUGGAACAAAUGAAUUCAAGAAACUUUUUCUUGAGUCCCAAAAUGGGAAGUGAUCUCCUUCUUGUUGCUGCUGGAGAAAAGGAUGGUGGUUACACUACUGCCAACUUUUUGUGGGACAUGAUGCAAGCUCGAAAAUUGACUCCUCCAUUUCCUGCUGUAGAAGCUUAUUACAAGGGCUUAAAAGAUCGCGAGAUUCCUGAAGACGAUCCUCGUCUGUUCGCAGUCUCCAAGGUUUAUGACAAUCUUCGCCUAAGAUUUGGACCUGGGCCUAGACCUGCACGACCUUGACCCAUUUACUGGAACCUCUCCCGGUCACGCUCCUGAUCGCUAGCGAGAUGAAGAAUCCAGAGAUCUAUGUAGCGAAGGAUAUCUCCAGGAGUAAGGCUGAGCACCUCAUUGGUGAGAUUGGAUGCAUUAACAGCCAUAGGCUGUCCUGGUAUCUGUUGAAGGUUCAAGUUGCAUUUGCCAGUUGAGAUCCACUAAUUAAAGCCCCUGUUUUUUAAUUUCUCCAACUAAGAGCUCAUGUACCGGUGUGGCGUAGCUGUUGGGAGCACUAUAGCCUUACAUAAUAUGAUCUUUAUGUUACAUUGCA